GUCGAUCAAUAUACCGCGCAACAUUUCAUAUGUUAUUAUGGAGAUUCUAUCGACAAACAAGAUGAAAGGAUAUAUGAUAUUGAUUUUUUGAUUAACAUAAAGAAAGCAUAUAUUGAAUUGAUAGACUAUCUUCUAUAUUUUUCGAAUAUAAAAUACAAUAGAAUUACUCUUG